CAUUUCUGUGUAACACCACAGUAAUGGCCGGCCUAACAACAACCAGCUUCAUUGAAAUGAAACAACGUUAUGAACAGAAAAAUAAAAAGGGUCCACACAGAGAUGCCCAACGGAGAUUUGAAGAUGCGAGUGUCUUCGUCACAUUCACAUGAACGCACAGGCGACAGUGCUCAGGGAUACGCCGGGAGACAGAUAUGACGCAGAGCAUUUUGUGAGCAACUAAGUGGAACUCCGUUCUUCAUCGCAGAAAUCUGACCAGAACUGGACUUGGGAGACCGAGUGUGGGCAUAAAGUUCUGAUCCGUGUGUCCUGCCCUGCAGCUGGCGGGCGUGUGUCCACAUAGCAGCGUCACCUCCAUGAGCUGUUCUCUGGCUAAUACCAAACACAGAACCAAACACAGACGGAGACAUUUACUUCAAAUGGAACUUUUCUGGCAAUGGCGAGAAUCAGCUUUCUCUCGAAGUAGGAGAUACAGUCUACAUACAAGAGGCUUGCGAUGGAUGGUACAGAGGCUACCUGGCCAGAAACAAAGCCCAUCAGGGUGUGUUUCCUGCAAGUUUUGUACAUCUGAAGGAGGUCAUUGUCGAACAACGGGGAAAUGAGGAAGUGGUGCUGUCUGCAGAGAUGCCCCUGGUGAAGGAGGUGACCACCACGCUAAGGGAGUGGGGGAGCAUAUGGAAACAACUCUUUGUGGCCAACAAGGAGACGCGUGUUAGGCAGGUGCAGAGGUUGAUGUGGGAGCUGAUGGAGUGGCGUUCCCAGCUUCUCUCUGGUACGCUGCCUACUGAUGAAUUCAAGGAGCUCAAGCAGAAAGUCAUCUCCAAGAUUGACUAUGGAAACAAUAUCUUGGAGCUGGACCAGGUGGUUCGAGAUGAGUAUGGGAAUAUCCUGGACCCAGAGCAGGCCAGCGUCAUUAGUCUUUUCCGGGCCCACGAGGAGGCCUCUGCUAAGAUCAAGGAGCGCAUAAAAGAGGAACAGUCCAAUGUUCAGGCGGAGCAAAGUGGCUUCUCAGCACGGAUCCAAUCGUCGCCCACACACAGCCUCUACGUCUUUGUCAGGAACUUUGUGUGUCGUGUGGGAGAGGAUUCAGAGCUCUUCAUGUCCCUCUACGACCCCAUCAAACAGACCAUCAUCAGUGAGAACUAUCUGAUUAGGUGGGGAAGCAAAGGAUUCCCCAAAGAGAUCGACAUGCUCAACAACCUCAAGGUUGUCUUUACGGAUUUAGGCAAUAAGGACCUGAGCAGGGACAAGAUUUAUCUGAUCUGUCAGAUAGUGCGAGUGGGCAGGAUGGACCUGAAGGAGACCAACAAGAAGUGCACGCAAGGUCUCAGACGGCCUUUUGGGGUGGCAGUGAUGGACAUCAGUGACAUCAUCAAAGGGAAGGUUGAAUGUGACGAGAAGCAGUUUUUCAUUCCCUUCUCCCCGGUUGUGGCCGAGAACGACUUCCUCCACACCUUUCUGAACAAAGUGACGACGUCCCGAGGAGACAGCGGCGGCCAAGGACUGUGGGUGACCAUGAAGGCUCUGGUCGGCGAUAUCGUUCAGAUUCGCAAGGAAUAUCCUCACCUGGUGGACCGCAGCACUGUUGUGGCACGCAAGCUGGGCUUCCCUGAGAUCAUCAUGCCCGGAGACGUCCGCAACGACAUCUACCUCACCCUGCAGGGCGGGGACUUUGACAAGUAUAACAAGACCACGCAGAAAAACGUGGAGGUCAUCAUGUGUGUUUGCGACGAGGAGGGCAAGGUCAUACAGAACUCCAUCUGUCUCGGAGCCGGCGAUAAGGCGACAAGUGAAUACAAAUCAGUCAUUUACUACCAAGUCAAACAACCCCGCUGGAUGGAGACAUUUAAGGUGGUCGUCCCUCUGGAGGAAAUGCACAGAAUCCAUCUUCGCUUCAUGUUCAGACACCGAUCCUCCCAAGAGUCUAAGGACAAGAGUGAGAAGAAGUUUGCCAUGUCCUUCGUGCGUCUGAUGAAGGAUGACGGGACGGUUCUUCAGGAUGGGCUUCAUGACCUAGUGGUCUUCAAGGGUGACAGCAAGCGCAUGGAGGAUGUCAAUUCUUACUUGUCCUUGCCCUCCACCCGCCAUCACCAUGGGGACCUCCACAAGGGGGCGCUGAGCCGCAGCACCAGCAAUGUGAGCGGGGGCGGAGGCGGCCUGUCAGUCAGCUCCAGAGACAGUUUCACCAUUUCCACCUUGGUGUGCUCCACCAAGCUCACCCAGAAUGUGGGCCUGCUGGGGCUUCUUAAAUGGAGGACUCGACCCGAACUCCUGCAAGAAAACCUGGAGAAAUUGAAGCUCAUUGAUGGAGAGGAGGUGGUGAAGUUCCUGCAGGACACUCUGGAUGCGCUGUUCAACAUCAUGAUGGAACACUCUCAGACCGACGACUACGACAUCCUCGUGUUUGACGCCUUGAUCUACAUAAUAAGUCUCAUCGCAGACAGGAAAUUUCAGCAUUUCAACACUGUGUUGGAGGCCUACAUCAAGCAGCACUUCAGUGCCACUUUGGCCUACAAGAAGUUGAUGUUGGUCCUGAAGAGGUACCUGGACAUCUCCAGUCGAGGGGAACAGUGCGAGGCAAUCCUCCGAACUCUAAAAGCUUUGGAGUACAUCUUCAAGUUCAUCGUCCGCUCACGCAUGCUCUACUCCCAGCUCUACGAGGGCAACGAGCAGGCAGAGUUUGAGGGAUCGCUGAGGAAUCUUUUUGAGUCCAUCAAUAACCUGAUGAGGACGGACUACACUACCACUCUGCUGCUGCGGGUUGCUGCCCUGAAGUACCUGCCAACAGUGCUGCAUGAUGUUGAGAAGGUUUUUGAUGCCAAAUUGCUAAGUCAGUUGCUGCGUGACUUUUAUUCCUGCAUCCCGCCUGAGAAACUGCAGAAGCAGAAGGUGGCCUCGAUGACUGAAAUUGUCGGCGGCCAACUUUUCCAGCGCCAAGAGUGUCGAGAUGUGUUGUUGCCGAUGAUGCUGCGAGAGCUGAGCAGAGCUUUGGCCACCAUGGCUGACGGGCCGCAUGAUGAGAGGAGGAAAAGUCUGGAGUUGCUCAACAGCAUCCUGGAGGUCCUGAGCAGAGACAACGUGGGAGAGACAUUUCAGCACAUCCAGGACAUUGUGGUGUCUUUGCUGAGGAUUAUCAACCAGACAGUCAUCACGAUGGGCCGAGAGCAUGCUCUAAUUUCCCGGGUGGUGGCCUGCAUGACAGCAAUCCUCAGUCAGAUGGAUGAGCGUCAUUAUUCUACAUACAUAGAAACCUUCACAAGAAGCUCGGAUCUUGUGGACUUUUUAAUGGAGUCGUUCCUGCUUUUUAAAGACCUGAUCGGCAAGCAUGUGUAUCACUCUGACUGGAUGGCCAUGAUCAUGGUGCAGAACAGGGUGUUCCUCAGAGCCAUCAAUACCUACGCUGACACAAUGAAUCAAAAGUUUCUCAAUAAUGAUGACUUUGAAGUACAGCUGUGGAAUAACUACUUCCACUUGGCGGUGGCAUUCAUUACCCAGGAGUCUCUGCAGCUGCAACAUUUCUCGCCAACAAAGAGAAACAAGAUCCUCGCUAAAUAUGGAGAUAUGAGGAGACUCAUUGGCUUUGCUAUACGCGAUAUUUGGUUCAAACUGGGCAGCCACAAGAUCUGUUUCAUCCCUGGCAUGGUGGGUCCCAUCCUGGAGAUGACUUUGAUCCCAGAGGAGGAGUUGAGGAGGGCCACCAUCCCCAUUUUCUUUGACAUGAUCACCUGUGAACAUGCACACUCUGGGAAUUUCCUCAAGUUCGAGAAUGAGAUCAUUCUCAAGUUGGACCAUGAAGUGGAGGGUGGCGGCGGAGACGAGCGAUACAUGCAACUACUGGAAACCAUUCUGCUGGACUGUGCUACGGAGAAGCCCAGUUUGAUGCCACAGGUGCAGCACUUUGUUUCCUUGGUGAAGGGACUCCUCAUCCGUCUCCUUGACUACCGCACUGUGAUGAGGGAUGACAGUCGCAACAACCGCAUGAGCUGCACCGUCAACCUUUUGAAUUUCUACAAGGACAUCAACCGCGAGGCAAUGUAUAUCAGGUACCUUUACAAGUUGCGAGACCUUCACCUGGAGGGUGAAAACUACACGGAGGCGGCGUACACACUGCUGCUGCAUUCACGCCUGCUCAAGUGGUCAGAUGACAUGUGUAGCCCCCAGUUUGAGCUCCACGGCUCUCAAACGCAGCGGCAGCUCAAAGAAACGCUCUCUGACACCAUCAUUGACUACUUUGACAUGGGCAAGAUGUGGGAGGAGGCCAUCACUCUGUGCAAGGAACUUGCUGAUCAGUACGAGAACGAGAUCUUCGAUUAUGAGCUGCUCGGCAGGAGACUGAAGAAACAAGCAAAGUUUUAUGAGAACAUUAUGAAGAUCCUGAGGCCCAAGCCGGACUACUUUGCAGUGGGCUACUAUGGACAAGGCUACCCGCCAUUCCUCAGGAACAAGGUGUUCAUCCACCGAGGUAAAGAGUAUGAGCGCAGAGAGGACUUCCAGAACCAGCUAAUGAGCCAGUUCCCCAGCGCCGUGCGCCUCAAUACCACCACCAUGCCGGGGGACGACAUCCGGAACUCUCCCCUGCAGUAUAUCCAGUGUUUCACUGUGCAGCCUGUCUUGGAGAUUCCUCCUCGCCUGAAGAACAAACCCGUCCCGGACCAGAUCAUCAACUUCUACAAGUCCAACUACGUGCAGCGUUUUCACUAUUCCAGACCCGUGAGGAAAGGACCCGUGGACCCAAACAAUGAGUUUUCCUCUAUGUGGAUCGAGCGUACAACCUUCACCACCGUCUACAAAUUGCCAGGAAUCCUGCGCUGGUUCGAGGCUACGGACAUGAAACAUACGACCUUGUCCCCAUUGGAGAAUGCUAUUGAAACCAUGGAGUCCACCAAUGAGAAGAUUCUCGCUAUGAUCAACCAGUAUCAGGCAGACUGGAGCCUUCCCAUCAACCCUCUCUCUAUGCUGCUCAAUGGCAUCGUGGACCCGGCAGUCAUGGGGGGCUUUGCCAAGUACGAGAAGGCUUUCUUUACAGAAGAGUACACACAACAGCACACAGAGGACAAAGAGAAACUGCUGCGUCUUAAAGACCUCAUUGCCUGGCAGAUCCCGUUACUUGGCGGAGGCAUAGCUCUCCAUGGGAAGAGAGUGACCGACGACCUGCGUCCCUUUCACGAGCGCAUGGAGGAAUGUUUCAAAGAGCUGAAAAACAAAGUGGAAAAGGAGUAUGGAGUGAGAGAGCUGUUGGACCUGGAUGACAGGAAGUCUACGCGCCCUUGCUCCAUGCUGCGAUCCGUUCGUCAGUCCGUAAUCUCCAUUUCUUCACUCCAAGGAUCUGAAUGUGGAACUCCAACAAAGCUCUCUGUUGACAGGGAUUUCCCUCCCGAUCCGCCUUUCAGCAGCACGCUGCCACGCUCCAGCGGCAGCAUCAGCACCCUGGAGGAGGACGUUGUGACCGUGGGCGACUCCGAGGUGAAACUGAGGAAGAGCAAGAAGAAGAGAAAGAGGAGUAGCAUGAUCUUCAUCACAGAGGAGCGAGAGCAGACAAACACGCUGGACUGCAAACGACUGUCAAAGAAGCAGGAGUUCCGCAGUGAAACCAACUUGUCGGAUCCUAAUAAUGGAAACGUGUCGUUGAGCAGCGCCAACUCCAGGUCCCUGCCUGCCAUUACAGGUUUGUCUCUAACGGUGGCGUGUGCAGGAGAGGAGGUGGACACGCCCCGAGCCAGGAGAGACAGCAAGUCCAUGUCCCUCUGCGUGACCUCUGACCGCACUGCAGACAGACGCUCCAAAGGCGUCAUCGGCCUCCUCUUUAAAUCCAAGAGUUCCAAGUGCGAGGAUGUGAUGAGCAGUGAUGCAGGCAAAGACAACGGCAAUCAUUUCUGACAUCCAUUUUUCUUUUUAUUUCUACUUUCAUCACCCAAAAGUCUGCCUUUAACACUCUCACUAUGGCUGCCGUUCUCUUCACCGCUGUUGCCUUAAAUAAUUCAAAGGAGCUGUCAGUCAAAUGACCUUUACUUGCCUGUGGAGCUAAAUGCCACCUUGGAGCUCUUCUGUCAAUUUGGCUGAAAAGCACUGCGCUCUCAUCUGUCAUUCCAAAACAAAAACAUUACAUCGGACAGCUCUCAGCAUUGUUUUGCAAAUAAUGACUCGACACACCAGAAAGGUUUGCCACGUCUCUUUUAAAUAUUCAACUGCAGAUGGGACACAAUUUAGUGUUUUUUGUACAGCGAAAUCAUUAAAAAGACAGAUUUCAAUUUGAUUUCAAGGGGUUAAAAAAGAACAUGUUAAAAUGGAGCUGCAUUGCAAUACGACAAUAAAGAGACAGAGAGAUUGUUGCAAAUGACUCGUAGAAAUGUAAUAACAGUGCAGUGCUCAUACCCUAAUAUGCGUUUAAAUUGCUUUUGUGAUUUGUUAAUGUCAAAUAUCUCCUUUUAUUCCAAGAUUGAUUUUAUUAUUUUUAAUUAUUUUCUCAGCAUGUGAAGUGAUGAAACUAACAGAUGAUUAAAAACUAUUUUUGCACCGAACAGGUUCAAACUGAGAGGUGGUUCUAAUAUUUAGGCACAUAAGGUGAUGGAAUUAUUGCAAACAGCUACCAGUAUAAUGCGAUGCGCUUCUGCACCACUGUUAACCCCAACUAUAAUGGUAAACACACCGCGUCCAUACAAAAAUAUGAUUGUGUCUUUAAUAGCCAAUACUUUGCUACAGCUCUUGUGUGGUAUGUCAUUAUUGUGUGCAAAUGUACAUAAUGCAUCGGACAUGAAAGUACACAAAAUUGUAACUGAUGUCAGUUUCAAGCACAUUCAUGCUGUGAAUCCUCAUGCUCAGAUAUACACUCAUCAGUCAUCAUGAGCUUAAUUACAGGCGGCUAAUGAAGGUGCCUACAAGAAGCAAUCAUAAUAAAAAGGGAGCUGCAACUGAUUUACAGCCACUUCUUAUUGCCUUAUGCAUAUUUCUUGGGCUUGAGUUGGACCGCAGUGCAAGGAAGCUAAGAAAAUAUUAAUGACGGCGUGUAGUAGUGGUCAUUAUCCACCAGAGGGCAGUAACGCACUGAUUCAUGUAAGGGCUUAUAACAGGCUUGUGUGUCUAAUACUAUAAUUUAUGAUUUUAAGUCUAACUAUUUAUUGGCAGUAUUCGUUUUUAGCUCAACCAUUACGGUGAUUUUUUUGUUUUUUAUAUUUUUACUACUUAAUGGGGUUGCCAUAUCACCAGUAAUUCCCUUUCCAGCCGACAGAGGUCAGUGUUGAAAUGUGUUUAAGUAGCUGGAGGCAGCUCAGGUGUUGCUCUGUGGCCACAAGUCCAUUUAUCACGGCUGAUAACAUGCUAGUAAUCAGAAUUUUUUUUCACUCUCCACCUGCGUCCACCUCCUUACUCCCAUCCAUUCUCCUCCCUGUUUCCAGCCAUUUCCUCUCCUCCCGACACGCCAGCUUCUUUCUCUCUCCAGCUUUUGACAGGGCGCGCACACACAGCUCAUAUGAAGAGCAGCAAGUGGAACACAGCUUGGUAAUCCUUAAUUUGACAGCUCAUCACGGCAAGGCUGCUCAUGUUGGCUUCCUUGUUUUGACCUCAGCAGCAGUGUUGUACUUUAGGGAGGGCAACCCUCUCUCACUGUCUUAAGUGCUGUCAAAGAGACUCUACGACUGCCAAAGGGCUCGCUUUGUUCACGCCAUUGUUCUAUGGAACAAACGCACCAAGGUGCUGAAAUCAAUCCACAGAGUGAACUGUUUAUUUUCAUUUAUUGUACGAUGAAUUAAUUUUGUCGUACCAGGCCGGGUGGCCACGAGACAUUUUUUUUUUCUGAACGAGAAAUGUUCAAUUUUUAAUCUCACGACAUCUUUUGACUCCCCUUGUGACACCCCUAUUACAGUGUGAAAGAUGACAAUAUUGACAAAAUAUUGCAUUAUUAUGAUCUGUUAUAUGUUGACAAUCAUAUCGGUUAGUGUCAGUUUGUGGGACAAACAUUUCAAAAUGUACCUGCAUUGUUUUGUGACUCAGUUACAUUUUUGGGUCUUUUGUAUUGAGUUGUGGACUACACACGCUAACCCACACAGAAAGCUUUCUAGAUCUGUGUUUCCUGCCUCCCGCCCAAACGUAUGUAUAAUUUACUCCGCCCCCGGCCCUCCUCCAGGUACGCCUCCCGCCGAGCCCACUCCGCUGUGUUUGGUCACACUCCCAAGUGCUCCUGAGGACUUCAACAACACUUCAACAACACUUUGUCCGAUUACUUACACCAAAUAAGCACAGUUAGGACACUGAUAAAUUGUUACUUACAGGUUGCUCUUCAGCAGCUUAACUCUUCAACACGACCAAGUCGCGUCAGAGAGGCGUCACUUCAGCAACAGUUUGGCGCAUAGUCCACCUUCGCACUGGCCCAUGUUCACAAAACAGUCCCGUGUGAAAUGCCGUUGACAGAUGAGCAUAUUUUUCUCUUGCUGGCCGGGAAUCAGCAACUCCAACCACUUCUGCCUGAUGCUCGCCUCUUUAGGCGCACCCCAUCAAACAUUUCCUGGGAGCCAUGGGCACUACACGGUGAACAGAGCAGAGCGAAGCAGAGCAGGCCUACAGUGUUUGCCUGGGCAUGCCCAUAUAAGGACGUCCAGGUUGCAUUGACGUCAGUGGGGCUCUGUGUUUAAAAAAAAAAAAAAAAAAAAAAAAAACCUCUGUAAAACACAGUGUUCAGAGCCGUCCAAAACUGCUGUCAGGUCUCACUUCCAAAUGCGCAAAGCUCAUUAUCUGGCGCGUUGGCAUCGUUUAACAGAGGAAUACAACACUGAUAUGUCAGAAAAGAGGAAAAGCAUAGUAGGUCCCCUUUAAAUAAAACAAUUUGUUUGUCCGGUCAUAUUUUUUCAUUGGAUUUUUUCAUGAAAUGAAUGUUAAGAUACAUUCAAGCAAGCAGAUGCAUAUUAUCCUAGCUUCACAUAUUGCUCCCUGUUUGCUAAGUAGCUUUUUACCCAGUUCAGUACUCUUAUCUCACGAGUUGGGUGUCUUGUGACACCCCUAGAAUGUCAGCGAAAAAAGCAUGCAGAAAUGACAAAGAGAACAAGCGUCGGAUGUGUCUCUUUAAAUGGGACUCGCGCUAUAAUGGUAUAUUUCAGAAGCUUUUCAUGAAAUCUAAGCUGGCAAAUACAGCAGACGACAAAAAAAUGUGUAUUCAACCCUGCAGAUAGCAUUUGGGUUCGGAAUAUGCGCGUUACGUCACAUAAUUUGUCAGGAAAGCUGCCAAAUCACGUCCAUACUUUAUGGAAAUGGCUUCCCAGGUCAAAAACAUUGCUUUUUUUAUGUCAUGCUUCCAGCAUCAGUGACUAAUAUAAUAAAGGUUACAGUAUAUUCCUUUGCUGCUCGACAGUUAAUGACUGUGCUGCAUUGAUCUCCAUGAUCUUAUUAUUGGCAUCACAACUCCUCCUUUGUUGUUUUAUGGGCUGUCUUUUCAGACUGUUUUCCAAGAAAAAUGACUUGUCUCAUAUUUAGGCCAAUGCAGUGUAUCCGCCACAUGAUUGCUGAGGCAUCCGAGCUGAAAGGUCAAUUGUGGUACCUUGGCAAAGGUCCACGGUGACAUUACUCUGCAGCAUCCUCCUGGAUGCCAUUUUCAAACCAUCAUUAGACUUUUGGGGAUCAUUUCCCUAUUCAAAAAUCAAGGGUUCAGGCAAAUACUGAAGGAUUAUUGUUCUGUGUUGAAAGGUCAAGCCCAUAUUUACAGCUCGAUUGGCUGCAUAGGGUCAAAGGUUAAAUUGCUGGGCACUGACAAAGCAUUGGCUGUUUGUUAUGAUGUACAGCGUUCCCUCGUUUAUCGCAGGGUUAAGUUUCCAAAAUAGCCCGCAAUAAGUGAAAUCCGCGAAGUAGCCAGCUUUAUUCGUUUACCGUUCUUAUGUAUGUUCCAAGGCUGU